CGCGUGCUGAACGUUCGUGCCGCACUGAGAGCAGCGAUUCGACCACUCAGUUGAUGCCACUCAGUUUACCGUUCACGAUUACGAUACGAUUACGACGAAUACGUUUUCCGUUCUGUGUGUUUGAAGCGAGUGCGCGACCGAAUCCAAAAUUCCAAUUAGAUUGCCUCUGAAUCUAUAUAUCAACACAAAUACUUAUGUAUAUAUCUCCCUCUGUAUAUGUACAUAUAUAUAUAUGCUGUGCAUCUGAUCAAUGUGAUGAGUUUUUUGAAUUGAAAUUAUGAUUGCGAAUGCAACUCGUUGUUGUGGAUAAACGCUGCUACGCCGACGGUAAAACACACGACGCGACGCGCCUGUGAAAAGUUCAAUUUACUCUAAACCAAUGCAAAAAGAAAACCAAUCGAAGCAAUCAAAUAAAAAGAUCUAAAGUGCGAGACAAGGACAGUUGUGGAACAUGGAUCAAUUCCUCCGCGCAUGACAAAUGUUCAAAUUCCCUCGGCCAAGUGGCGCCAAGACAACGAACACUCAGAUCCUCAACUCCCCAUUCCCCUCGCCAACAAAUACACACACACACAUACACACACACCCAUACACACAACAAGACACACACAUGCGAAAUAAUGCAAACAUUGUGCUAAAGUUUCAACAAUCAGUUUAAAGUUAUUGAUGACAAACGUUCUGUGUGCAAUGCGUAGUGACUUUAAGGAUAAUCACCAGGAGACCAUCAAUAAAAUGAUACAAUUUGGUACCGUCAAAUAUGGCAUUGUCAAACAGCUGAAGGAUCGCGCUAGAAGUGCCGACAAAGAGAUAGCCAGUGAUCAAGAGGAUAAUGGAGCCUGCUCGCCACUGACUACCGCAACGGCAAGCGCAAGUGCGGACAACAGUCCUAGUCCCAGUCGGAGUCCGCCGCGGCAAAGCGAGGACGAGGCAGAGCGUGAGGUGGACACCUCAGAACCAGGGGCAGUGAGUAAACUGGAACAAUUAGAUAAUGAUAAUGCCGAUAAGGCCAUUGAAGAUCAUAAUCACAAUCACAAUAACAACAAUAACAAAGUGAUUAUGACUAAACCGCCCGUGGAGAACGAGAUAGAAGAACACAGUGGCAACUCCGAUGCCUCUAUGCCACAUUCACCCACCGCGGCGACAUCUGUGACAGAGGAGGCCGCUACACAGCCGGCAUCCACGGAAAAAAACGAGGACGUGGAUGUGGAGAUGCAGGAGGACGACGCGCCGAUGGCGAUUCCCUCAUGUGAUCAAACCUCGACGACGCAAACAGCGUCUCAGAUGGGCAGUGCUGGAGUUGCAGCUGGUGCUGGAGCAGCGCCUGUUACUCUCGAAGCGAUACAAAACAUGCAGAUGGCCAUUGCUCAAUUCGCGGCAAAGACCAUUGCAAACGGUUCUUCAGGAGCGGACAACGAGGCUGCCAUGAAGCAGCUUGCCUUUUUGCAGCAGACGCUCUUCAAUCUGCAGCAACAGCAACUCUUCCAAAUUCAGCUGAUUCAACAGUUGCAAUCGCAGUUGGCCCUCAACCAGGUGAAGCCGAAUGAAGAGGAUGCUGAGGAUGAUCUCGAGCCUGAGGAGCGGGAGGAUGGAGAGACAGAUACUUAUGAGGAGGAGGAGCGAAUUGCGGAUAUGGAGCUGCGUCAGAAGGCCGAGGCACGUAUGGCUGAGUCCAAGGCGCGACAGCAUCUCAUCAAUGCUGGUGUCCCACUACGUGAACACUCCCGAACUAUUUCACCUCCAGCCUCAGGGGAAGCCCUCUCUGCGGAUUCCUUGAAGCGCAAACGUGAGGAGGACUCCUGUGUGAAACCACUCAGCUCCAGCAUCAAAUUGAGUGGGGAUCGUACCAGAGAAACGGAUAGAAAUGGGGAAAGUGCUAAGGAUGCACUGUCCAAGCUUAAGGAAAUGGAAAAUAUGCCGCUACCCUUCGGCUCUGACCUUGCUUCCAGCAUCAUCACCAACCACGAUGAUCUCCCCGAGCCAAACUCUUUGGAUUUACUGCAGAAGCGAGCACAGGAAGUGUUGGACUCCGCUUCUCAGGGAAUUUUGGCCAACAAUAUGGCUGAUGACUUCGCCUUUGGCGAUAAGUCCGGUGAGGGCAAGGGCCGCAACGAGCCUUUCUUCAAGCAUCGCUGUCGGUAUUGCGGCAAGGUAUUUGGGUCCGACUCUGCUCUGCAAAUUCACAUACGAUCCCAUACUGGUGAACGUCCCUUCAAGUGUAAUGUGUGCGGCAGUCGCUUCACAACCAAGGGCAACUUGAAGGUGCACUUCCAGCGACAUGCGCAGAAGUUCCCCCAUGUGCCCAUGAACGCCACGCCCAUACCAGAGCACAUGGACAAGUUCCAUCCGCCGCUGUUGGAUCAAAUGUCGCCGGAUAGUUCACCCACACAUUCACCCGCUCCAGCGCCAAGUCAGCCCGCAACUUCGACGUCAGCUUUGACGCAGGCCCAGGCUCAGGCCCAAGCAGCGAUGUCGAUGACCUUUCCCUCGAGCCCAGCCUUUCCUGGUCUGCAGGGCCUCUACCGCCCUCCCAUGGAGCUGCUGAAGUCGUUAGGCGCUGCUGCUGGCAGUUCCGCCGGACUACCCUUCUUUCCCCAAAUGCCUGGACUGGGCGCUGCUCUGAAGCACAGUCAGCAGCAGAGUCAGGAGAUGCCCACAGACCUGCGAAAGUCCUCAGGCCCCAACUCACCACAUGACGAGGAGGAAGACCUGUCGACGGGUCGACUUCCCGUCAAGACAGAGCUGGUGGAGGAAGAUAAGCCCGAAAACUUAAUGCAGGAACAGACAGCAGAAGAAACCUCUGAGCUGGAGGUGGAUACCGAGCCAGAGCCAGAACCACUGCCGCUUGAGGUGCGCAUCAAAGAAGAGCGUAUCGAUGAGGAGCUUGAGCAGGAUCAGCAGCGCGGAUCACAAUCAGAAGGAAUCUCUCGCCGUACGCCGUCACCUUCAGCCUCGACUGCGGCGCAAUCGCCACCUUUGAUAGCACGUCAGCAUCAUCAUAGCCACUCGGCGGCUAUGCUAGGCUACCCACCGGUGGUGCAACCAAUUCAACCAGCAGCCAUCAUGCAUGCGCAGUGUUCGCCUGGCUCACAAUCACAUCUCGAUCAACUGCCGACCCCGGGACAGCUGCCUCCAACGAUGUCUCAUCGGGAGGACUUCUUCGCCGAGCGUUUUCCACUUAACUUUACUACCAAGACGCUAUCGCCGGAGCAUCACUCACCAAUUCGUUCGCCGGCCAACCAUGGCCACGCGCAUGGUCACGCCCAUACCCACGCCCACAUUCCCCGAUCGCCAUUCUUCAACCCGAUCAAGCAUGAGAUGGCAGCGCUACUGCCGCGUCCCCACAGCAACGAUAACUCAUGGGAGAACUUCAUCGAAGUGUCCAACACGUCGGAAACGAUGAAGCUCAAAGAGCUUAUGAAGAAUAAGAAGAUCAGUGAUCCCAACCAAUGCGUCGUCUGCGAUCGCGUCCUCUCAUGUAAAAGCGCCCUCCAGAUGCACUAUCGCACCCAUACGGGGGAGCGACCUUUCAAGUGCCGUAUCUGCGGACGCGCCUUUACCACCAAAGGCAACCUCAAGACUCACAUGGCGGUGCACAAGAUCCGGCCGCCAAUGCGCAACUUCCACCAGUGUCCAGUGUGCCACAAGAAGUACUCGAAUGCGCUCGUGUUGCAGCAACACAUUCGCUUGCACACAGGUGAACCCACCGAUCUGACUCCGGAGCAGAUUCAGGCUGCCGAGAUCCGCGAUCCGCCACCCUCGAUGAUGCCCGGUCACUUUAUGAAUCCCUUCGCCGCUGCCGCCUUUCACUUUGGCGCUAUGCCCGGCGGCGGACCUGGUGGUCCACCAGGAGCACCGGGCAUGCCCGGCGGUCCACACAAUGGCACUUUGGGUUCGGAGUCGUCGCAGGGAGAUUUGGACGAUAAUAUGGACUGUGGCGAUGCAGAUGACUUUGAUGAUGCCUCAUCGGAGCAUUUGUCCAACAACAACGAGUCGGCGAGCGAUGAUCGACCGCGCUCUGGCGAUGACUUCAAGUCGCUACUCUUUGAGCAGAAGCUGCGCAUUGAUCCCACCGGUGUGGUCAACAUUAAUAGCCAUCAGCGUCCUCGUUCCGCCGCCAGCAAUGCCAACUCAAUUGGUUCCGUCUCCGCCUCUGCUUCACCUUCCGCUCCCACCAGCCCCAGCUCACAACCCAAGCCCAGCUGCUCCCCUGUGCGCUCUCUUUCGGAAGCCUCUCAGGGCGCAUUGGAUCUGACGCCACGUGCGGCUCCCACGACGCUGGGCUCCAGCUCCAGCUCGAGGUCACCGCUGCCACUUGCUGCCGAGCGAAAGGAGAAGACCCUCAGCCCGCAAAUAGACAGACAGCAACCGCCGCCACGAAGUCCCAAUGGUCCGGCUUCACUGCUUUCCUCCCCCCUGCCACCCUCGGUGGGCAUCGAUUGCCUGCCUCCGGGAUUGCAGCAUCACCUCCAACAGCAGCACCAGCAUCUGAUGCAACAACAAGCCGCAGUGGCGGCCGCAGCUGCCGCCCAGCAUCAUCAUCAUCAGAUGCAGCAACAUGCCGCCGCUCUGCAUCAGCAUCAGGAGCAACUCCGUCGCGAAGCGCAGGAGGUGCAGCAGAAGGCGGCCGCAGCAGCAGCAGCUGCCGCAGCCGCUGUUCAACGCCAGACAUCGCCUCAGCCAUCGCCGCGAAGCAGUGAGCCAAGCGGUCCGAGUCCCGCUCAGCCCAAUCCCUUGAUGGCGGCACGUCCGCCAUUCGGCAUGUUUCCCAACCUUCCCAUCUUCCCGCCGGCGACGACGCAGAACAUGUGCAAUGCCAUGAACCAGAUCGCGCAAUCCGUAAUGCCGGCGGCACCGUUCAAUCCGCUUGCACUGAGCGGCGUUCGCGGCAGCACGACAUGCGGCAUCUGCUACAAGACAUUCCCCUGCCACUCUGCUCUUGAGAUUCACUACAGAAGCCACACCAAGGAGCGUCCCUUCAAGUGCAACAUCUGCGAUCGUGGAUUCACUACUAAGGGCAACCUCAAGCAGCACAUGCUGACACACAAGAUACGAGAUAUGGAGCAGGAGACCUUCAGAAAUCGUGCAGUAAAGUAUAUGAAUGAGUGGAGCGAUGACCGCGAAUAAUACCAUUAGUUAUCGAUAACACGAUAAUAAACAACAAUCCAAAAAACGGCCAUCGGCCGUGCAAAUAGACUCUCGCAACAAUAUGAUCUCAAACAGUGUUGUAAAGCCCGAGUUGGAGCGAAAAAGCGAAGAAGCGAAAGAGCAAUGAGAGGCGACUGUGCAGCUUUUGCCUGAUGUGAGAGAGAAACCAAACUGCUGAAGGCAAGAGGCAGGACACGGAAUAAAAGAGGGGCGACAAUAACGUCGCAGACCUUCCACCCGGAUGCACCACACCCAUCCCCCCUACCAAAGGUAGUUCAAGAGCAAAAUCAAUGAAAUCGCCCCAUAAAAACAGCGAGGCGUAUACAAACAGUUUUAUAUUUAUAAAUUGUUGCCCACAAAAAUAUUAUUUGAUUGUUGUUUUAAAAGUUUGCUGGCAAACAGUAACAGCCACGCAGAUUUCUUUUCAUGAUUUCAUUCAUAAACAAUUUUUUAUGAGUCCAAAAAGCUACGAAAUUAUUGAAAACAGCAACAGGCAGAGAUGAAAUAAAAUUGGCAUGAAAUGUAUCCAAAGAUGCAUCAAAAGCAAUUUUCCAGCUUGUGAAUAUGUUGGAUUGCUUUGAAACGAGACUGAUAGUGUUUCAGGCCAACUACCUAAUAUAGUAAUUCACCCCAUAUAUAUAAAAAGAAUAUACAAUAUGCAAUAGAAUCCAUUAAGCAUGCAAAACGGAGGAACAGCAGAAUUGCGAAGAAAUCGAUAAUGAAAUCAGUUGAAGAUGAAGGCGUAGUAAAAAUCAAAAUUCGAAUUUAAAAACAUUAAACAAAAAAGAAAUGCAAAUGAAACAAUUCUAAGGUAUAUGAUAAUCGAAAGCUAAAUCGUUAGCUAUUUAGUAUACAUAUAUAUAUAGACAUAAAUAUAAUGCUAAAAUAUGCAUGUGUGCAUGUGUGCGUUCCACACAUGUUACAAUAAUUAUACGAUAUUUCAAAAUGUGCAAUAAUCAUAUGACAUGCUAUAAAUUUUAGUCGGACUUUUGUUUCCUAUAUUCGUAA